ACAAACAACGAAAGUAAUCGUUUUCACCUAGGUGUGUUUCGUUUAUCUUAGGUCGAAUUCAAUAAACUACGUGAGUCAAACCACGCUAUUUUCUUUUGGUUAAAUAUUUAUUUAGCCAGGUUGAGAUCGACUAGAUUUAUCUAAAAAAUUGUAUUUUGAAUUUAGAUUUGAAAAUAAAGUUUUCCAGUUGGUCGCCGAAUAUUUCAUCGAAAACUUUUUCGAAACGUCACUCGACAGUAAAAUUUUCUGAAUUUCUUCCAAGAAGUUGUGAAUACAAUGGCUGCCACCAUCGGGAGAUUUUGCGGAGUAGGACUCCUAAAAUCUGGCAAUGGCGUUGGUCUACAGCAGGUGAAAAAUCUAUCGACUGGUACACAGGCAUGGACGAAAGGACAGAAGAGACUUUUGGCAUCAAUUGGUGCAGUAGCUGGUGGUGCCGGUGCGUUGUUACUCGCAUUGGAUCAAUCAGUCCAAGCAUCGGGUACUGAAGUUCACCCGACCAAGAUGCCCUGGAGUCAUAGUGGAGUAAUCGAUUCGUUGGACCAUGCUAGUGUCCGAAGAGGCUACGAAGUCUAUAAAACAGUUUGCGCUGCAUGCCAUUCAAUGCGAUAUGUUGCUUAUCGUAAUUUGGUCGGUGUUACCCACACCGAAGCCCAGGCCAAAGCUGAAGCAGAAGCCAUUAUGGUGAAAGAUGGACCGAACGAAGAGGGUAACUACUUUGAACGACCCGGCAAGCUGUCGGAUUACUUCCCAAGUCCAUAUCCGAACGAGGAAGCCGCACGUGCUGCCAAUAACGGCGCUUAUCCGCCCGAUUUAAGUUACAUUGUGGCCGCUCGUCAUGGCGGCGAGGAUUACAUUUUUGCAUUGUUGACGGGUUAUACCGAUCCACCAGCUGGUGUUGUUCUGCGCGACGGUCAGUAUUUCAAUCCAUACUUCCCUGGUGGUGCAAUUGGUAUGGCGCAAGUAGUUUAUAACGAGACUCUUGAAUUCGAGGAUGGAACACCAGCUUCGGCGGCUCAAAUUGCUAAAGAUGUUGCAACAUUCUUGAAAUGGACAGCAGAACCGGAGCAUGACGAUCGCAAGCGGAUGCUAAUUAAGGUCGUUGGUGUUCUGACAAUUUUAACUGUCUUAUCUUAUUACGUCAAGCGACACACCUGGACGUCAAUGAAAUCGAGAAAGAUCAUGUUUUAUCCAAAACGCAAGUAGAUAAAUUCCUUCAAAACAACAACACAAAAACAAAAAAGAAACAAACCAUAAGAAAAGUAAAAACGUUUCGCUAUAAUAAAGCAUAUUUAAAACGGAAAGCCAUAGAGUUAUUCAAAAAUAUUUCAAGAAACCGUAAAUCUUUAGAAUCAUCGUCAGUUUACAAUGAAAACUGUUGUACAACCUACAAACUAGUGGACACCAUAUGAAUAGCUAAUCAAUCUUCUUCUUUUUUGUAAAUUAUGAUUUCAUUACCUCCCCUGUUAUUAUUACAGUUUUCCGUUUUGUGAUCGUUAUAAAUAUGUAAAAUUCAAUUCUUGUAAUAUUUUGCACAGAAAAAUUGUAAAAUCAACAAUGGUGAGAAAAAAAAAGAAAUUUACCAAACUCUUGGUUUGGACAAAUGGACAAAAUGUGCUUUGUUGAUUGCGUUUUAUUUUCUAAAAAUAAAUUCAAUUAAUUUAUUGUU